CAGUGAAACAAGUGUGGGUUUCAAUUGGGUUAAUUGAAUUGCAUCGAGAGAGAGGAGGAAUGGGCAGAGCAAUCUUUCGCACUGUUUCUUCAUUUGCYCAGACCAUAUCGACAAGAUCCARAACAACAACUUCGACAAGUUCCCCCUGCUCCGUUGGAUUUCUGUUCCGCAAUUCUAAUUUCAAUUUGACAGAAAACAAUAGCAUCGGGUGCCAAACAAGCAAUACUAUGCGACUACAAUCUUCCGUUGCAACAAGAGCAUCAGCGAUCUAUUGUAUYUUCUUCUCUUCUGCUAGGACCAGUAUCACGGGCAACCGCCAAAUUCCGAUAGGCGCACACGCAUUUGUUCCGAGAGUCAAUCGUAGCAAGAUGUCUACAACAACGUCGGCAACCUCGGCGUCUUCGGAUACCGAUCUAUCAUCGAUCGUAUUGGACAAUUCCUGGCCGCGUGAGCUGUCUCCCGAGACACCCGAAAACCUAGAAAAGUCUCGCAAUAUCGAACGGUUGUCUGCCGACGACGACAACCGCUCGAAGCGCCCGGUUUUCAAUGGCCAUUACGUGUUGGUGAAACCAACAGGAUUGGCCAACCCCAAAAUGGUCUUGGUCUCGGACGRUGUCGCUAGCAACCUGCUYAAACUCUCACCGGAGCAAGUGGAAUCGGAUCACUUCUUGCAAUUCGUGUCGGGAAAUGCCGUUCUCAAUGACGGCACUGCCGAAACGUGGGCUACCCCUUACGCACUUUCCAUCAUGGGGUCCCGAUACACAAACAAUUGUCCCUACGGAACCGGGAACGGCUAUGGCGACGGAAGGGCCAUCAGCAUUGCGGAAUUUAGUGGCCAUGAGUUGCAGCUGAAGGGAGCAGGAAAGACCCCCUUUGCCCGCGGUGCCGACGGACGAGCCGUCCUGCGAUCGAGCAUCCGUGAAUUCCUUGCCUCCGAGGCGAUGCACGCACUGGGAAUCGACACGACCCGGGCCUUGUCGCUGGUGAGAUCCGACAACGGUGACACGUCUCUGCGUCCGUGGUAUUCCGAUGACGCAGUCUUGCAAAUCCCGGACAUUGACGAUCCGCGGUUGGCCCAAUACCCAGUAGAAGAACGCCGUCAGAUCAUCCAGCAGCUGCGGGCAACACGAAAGGCCGACCCAAACAUGAUGAUCUCCGAGCCGUGUGCCAUCACCUGCCGAGUUGCAAAAAGUUUUGUGCGCAUCGGACACAUCGACUUGUUUGCCAGGCGUGUCCUUGCGCAGCAACAGGCAAGCUCCCAGCAAAAAUACGAUACGACCGACCGAUGUAAGAAGAGUUUGUGAACCAGAUCGAUGGACCAAGAAGUUUUUUUUGUACAUCACUAAUUCUGCUUUCGUGCUGUUCCUCUCUGUGUAAAAAUCUCAGCCUGGAAGGAGCUAGAGGAUCUGAUUUGGCAUGCUUGCAAGCGAGAAUAUAGAUCCGAAGCGUUUGAUCCGUACUUUGAAUCGAAGAACCUUGAUCAAGCUGCAACAACAUUACUUGAUUUAGCAGCGGUACGUAUUGCGGAUAUGGUGACUGGAUGGGUGCGUGUUGGAUUUGCUCAGGGUAACUUCAACGCGGACAACUGCUUGGUAGCUGGUCGAACUAUGGACUAUGGUAAGUACUAGCACGCACAUGGGUAGGAAGACGAUGUUAUGAAAAAAUGAUUGCCUCAAUUUUGACUUGUGACUUGUGUUCACCAGGACCCUUCGGGUGGAUGGAUGAAUUCACGCCACUAUUUGCAAAAUGGACCGGAUCGGGUCAACAUUUUGGGUUUUUGAACCAGCCUUCGGCUGGAUUUGCCAACUAUCAGGUGUUGGUAGAAUCCGUAGCGCCCGUCAUUGCUGUGGCUAGGAGAACUGCAGGAGUUACCGAUACCGAAAUGACGGAUAAGUUGCUAGCAUCAUUUAUGACGAAGGCUCAGGUCAUUUUUAAUCAAAAAUUAGAAGGUGUAUUUAAUCUGAAGCUUGGACUUCCCGAAGAUGCCGAUGCUGGGGAAGAUUUAUGGGGUUCUCUACAGGAUUUGCUGGCAACUACCCGUACCGAUUGGACUCUGUUUUGGAGGCAGCUGACGUAUGUUAUGAGAGACAUACAGGAUUUGGAUUCGACCGAAUACGAAUCUAUGCUAAAGCUGAUUGAAGGAGGCGAUAGUGUUAGUAACUCAAGCCCUUUUUACGAACCAUUGACCCCUCAGCAACGCAAGGACUGGGUUGAUUGGAUCAAGGAAUGGAGAGAAACACUCAARAUAACAAAACGGCCUUCGGACGAAAUAURCAAGCAAAUGAAGAUCAACAAUCCAAAAUUUGUUCUCCGAGAAUGGAUACUGGUAGAUGCCUACUCCGCCGCCGCUACCGGUGAUUUUUCACUUGUCGAGGAAUUGCAUGAGUUGUGCAAGUCUCCGUACGACGAAGGCACUCCCGACCAAAUCAAAAAGUUCUAUCGUCGGCAGCCUGAAUCAACAAUAGCGAAGGGCGGGACUGCGUUCAUGUCAUGAUCCAGUUAAGCGUGUAAAUCGAGGUCGUUCUGAGGACGACCUUUGCUUUGCUCGCGAAUAAAAAAUUGAAGGUUACAGAAAAUUUUGUCGCUCGAGUAKUGUGGGCACGGAGAAUGACAAUAGCCAAAAUACCAUGUUCAUUCAAGCKGAUCAAGACAUGGCAUUGGCUGUUUGAUAUUCCGUGUUCAAUUAAGCAAACUUGCAGACGGAAAAAAUUCUGUAACGCGGUAACAAUUGUAAUACGAAGUACGAAUUAAUUAUUACCAUACAG